AUGGCAACAUACCAAGGGAUCUUAUUACACCUCAUCUUCUCUCUCCUCGUCAACUAUGACCAGUCAGACCUGCAAUUGACUCGGGUUCUCCCCGAGAUUCCCUCUCAGCUUCUCGUUUCCCUUGUGCGCAGCUGUUUGAAGCGGCACAUGUUCUUCUAUCCUUCAAUACUAGCCCAAUUUAUACCAGGAGUGGACCCCAAUGUCUUUAUCUGGCUCGGUAUUGAGGAAGUAAAGCGGUUCGACUUGUGCUUGUACAGGGUAUGCAAGCAUGCGCGGGUACACGACACCAAACUUUCAGAAGACGCGCCCAAUUUCAGCCCUCGGCCUGGACCACAAUCACCGAGCGGUAGUCUUCUUUCUCUCACGGACCUACAAUUUGCGGUGCCAAGCAGUGAUGAGCUCUGGCAUGCUACUUCAGACUUGGCUGCGAAACUCGCAGGAAACGAAGCCGCGUAUACCAAUGAUAAUAUCGAAGAGAAUUGGAUUUCUCAGACUGCACGACUUUUGCAGCCUCGUGAGCAGCAAUUUCAGUGGAUGUAA